AUGGGAAACCAAACUGUUGUCUCAGAAUUCAUUCUCCUGGGCCUGCCCAUUGAUCCAAAUCAGCGAGACCUGUUCUAUGCCCUGUUCCUGGUCAAGUAUGUUACCACCGUCCUGGGGAAUCUUCUCAUCAUCAUCCUCAUUCGCCUGGACUCCCACCUCCACAUGCCCAUGUAUUUGCUUCUCAGCAAUUUAUCCUUCUCUGACCUCUGCUUCUUGUCUGUCACAAUGCCGAAAUUGCUGCAGAACAUGCAGAGCCAAGUCCCAUCCAUCCCCUAUGCUGGCUGCCUGACCCAGAUGUACUUCUUUCUGCUUUUUGCAGACCUGGAGAGCUUCCUCCUGGUGGCCAUGGCCUAUGACCGUUAUGUGGCCAUCUGCUUCCCCCUGCACUACACCACCAUCAUGAGCCCCAAGCUCUGUCUCUCCCUGGUGGUGCUGUCCUGGCUGCUGACUACUUUUAUCUUGUUAUUGCACACCCUGCUCAUGGCUCGGCUGUCUUUCUGUGCUGAUAAUGUGAUCCCUCACUUUUUCUGUGACAUGUCAGCUCUGCUAAAGUUGGCCUGCUCUGACAUUCAGAUAAAUGAAAUGGUAAUCUUUAUUUUGGGAGGGCUCAUCAUUAUUGUUCCAUUUCUGUUGAUCUCUUCAUCCUAUGCACGGAUUGUGUCCUCCAUCCUCAAGGUGCCUUCCGCCAGGGGCAUCCGCAAGACCUUCUCCACCUGUGGCUCCCACCUCUCUGUGGUGUCUCUCUUCUCUGGGACAAUCAUUGGCCUUUAUUUGUGCCCAUCAGCUAAUAAUUCUACUGUUAAGGAGACUGUCAUGACUGUGAUGUACACUGUGGUCACCCCCAUGCUGAACCCCUUCAUCUACAGCCUGAGGAAUCAGGACAUAAAGGGAGCCUUGGGAAGAGCCUUUUCAAAGUGGACAAUACAGCUUUUUUUGGGACAGAGACUCCAAAGAUCAAAGUAUGUUUUCAAACAGUAG